UAAGUCGAUAAAAAAGUUAUAUGGUCUAUCCACUCCGAAUCAUAUCCACGUCAGCAAGACAGAAAAUCAAGAGUGACUCGAAUGAGAAAGUGUAGGAAAAAACAGGAAGCUACCAAACGCAAGAAAAUCAAACCCAACUCCACAUAACGACGUUUUAAUUGCAUUCCUCCAUUGCUCCCAAACCAAACCCACAUUUCAUUCUUCUACCUUUUCUUCCCUAUCGAUUAUCUCCUAUCUCUCACACCCUAAUGCUCUUUCUCAUGCAUCAAAAACAAGGUGCUCUUAUCUGGUGUAGUAAUUUUAGAAGUUGCUAUCUGGAAGGAUUUACUUGUUAACUUCUUGUGACGCUGUAGAAGGCAAUGAAUGGUAAUUCAUUAUGGAAAUAAUGGAGGUGAAUGCUGGAAACUCCCCUUCCAAUGGAAAACAAGCCUCGGAACACCCCAAUUUAGCCAAUACCAAUAAAAAACCUGCAGAAAAAGAAAUAAAGACAUCUGUUUUUGUCAACUACGCUGCCAUUGCUUGGAAUGAGAGUAGAAAAGAGUGGGUUGGAGAUAAGUCUCAGCAGGUAAAAAGGAUGGCAAAGGAUCCAAUCAUAAGCUGGUCAACUGCAUAUGAAGAUUUACUCUCAACUCAUGAACCUUUUCCUGAGCCAAUUCCUUUACCUGAGAUGGUGGAUUUCUUAGUAGAUAUUUGGCAUGAUGAAGGCCUUUUCGAUUAGUAGCGAGCGACGGUCAUAGACUGAUAGUGAGAUGAAGACAGAGACACAGACACUGAUGACAUGUUAUGGUAUCAAACGUAACACGGCUGACUGAUGUUAUGGGACAAAUGUUGAUUAGCUUAGGAGUUAGGACCCACCCUUAUUAACAGUCUUCAUUCUUCUAUUUAUUUAUCUCAUUACUCCAUUUGAGGUAACCAAUGAAAUAGAAAACCUUCAUUGAAUUUGUCACAAAUUUACUCCCGAUCAAAUAAUCACAAUUUACUUACUUCUCUA